CUAUCACCCUGUCAUCACCAGACGACCCUCCCGUUGGGGUUAUCCUAUUUCCUGUUGUCCGUUGGGCUCAGGGACCUUCUUACACUCCUCUUCAAGACACUGAUUGGGAAGACCUAUACGAGCUUGGUGAACACGACAACAAAGAUCUAUUUCACCAUCAGGACAAUUGGACUCCUGAGCUUCGAUCCCUAUUCGGUGAUCCUCCCUAUAUCGAAUUCCCCUCUCUUCACUACCAAACCGCCGACGUCAUCGAGUAUCUCCCCACCAUGUCGGGAAUCGAGAAACUCAACAACUCCAUUCUGAGUGUCUUCGACGGCACCAAUUGGAAUAC